UACGGAAGAUCUCUCCACCGAAGGUGGCUCCGCGGUCUUGGAACUGGGGAACAAGCAGGAAAAAGAAGCGGAAAAACAGCUGCAGAUACUGAAUGAGAAGCUCAGCAAGUCCGGGUAUUUUUAGCGUCGGUGGAAGCGGAAAAACAAGAAGCGUCGUCGAGAUCGAGAUGAAACAACAAAAGGAGCUGCUUCUUCCUCAUCCUGGAAAGAUCGGCUGGGAGAUUUCUUCCAACGCUUUCUGUUUCUUGGGUCGAGCAGUAAGAGCGCUCCUUCUGCUGCUGGUGCCGGAAGUAGUAGUUCAUCAGCUGCAGCAAGUGACGAGUUCCGUAAAGUAGACACCUCCUCUUCUACUUCGGGUGGUCGUGUGGAUGAUGAUAAAGUAUAUCUUCGUCCAGCUGCAAAUUCUGGUCCGAGUAGCGCGCUCGAAAAUGGAGAAAGCCAGAAGAACUACAAACAGGGGCGGCGGAAAAUGGCUACAGCACGCAGCACAGCAAGAAAGCAAAACCGUCGUCUGAGCACGCGGAAAACCAAAAAAGUCAGCCAAGAAAUGAAACAGAAAGACGAUGGCGAUUUUCCUUUUGACAAUCCGGACGUAAUGAAUCACAUAAUGCAACAAAUCGAGGCUUCUGAUGGCAGAAUAGACUUUGACGAGCUCACAGCAGGGGGCUUCAGUGACACGACUGAGCCAUCCGAGCUUGCGCUCCGCCUCACGGGUGAUGAAGAUGGUGCGCACGAGGAUCUUGUGGCGUGGUUCGACGAUGGAGACAACGGUGAAAAUGCAAACGACAGCAAGUGGCAGGUCACUCAACAAGAAUUUGAAGAGAAGUUUCCACAUGGCAUCACGAAAGAGGCGAUUCAUGAGAUGCAGAAAGACCAGUAUAUGGACAAUAUCCAUUGCAAAUAUGUCUGGGUCUGGAAGAAUGCAUGUUCGUCAUGCUUGUCUGGUGUGAUUCUUAAAUCUGUCAUGCACAUUACCCAAGAGCCCCAGCCCAUUUUUCUGUCAUGCAGAAACGCAGUUUGUCAUGCAGAACAGGCAAGAACACCCAGAAGCUCAGAAACUUGUCGCGCUGAGGCAGCACUUGAUUUGCCCCCCUCAUAAUACGCAGCCCAGCGUCCUCACAAGGUUCCAGACCCAGUCAUAUUUGCAGUUUAUAGACAAGGUGGCGGAGCAAUUUCCUCCCGGUGCCUUCGACCCGGACCACGAUCCGCCGAUCGACCCAGCGAAAAUGAAUCCGCUGCAGCAGGCUGCCUUGCAGGACAUAUGCAUUGCAAAAGUAUCGCUAUCGUAUAUGAAGUAG